UUCAUCUAUGGUUUUGUCGUGGCCUGUCGUCCAAUCAUUUCUUUCCAAAUAAUAAAAUUUUUUUUAAAAUAAAUAACAAAUACAAACCUCUGCAAAAGGAUGAUUCUUCAAAACAUCCUAAUUGCAAUUUUUGCAAUCAUCAAUCUAAAAUCAAUUAAUGCCCACGAAGCUAAAGAUUUUGAUGAUUCGAUUCUCUACAAAAUCGAAUUCGAAGUACCACCGGAUCUGCAAAGUGAAGAUUUUAAUAUUAAACAUCACAUUCCAUCAUUUUAUACACACGACAAUGAAGAAUACAAAUGUGCCAUUCCAAUUGCUGAAGAAACUCGUGAGGAAAAAACUCUAGAAUACACCGGAUUGUCUCCUCUUCAACUGAUCCGUCCAAUGUUCUCAUCGAUAAGUUGUUCUUAUCGAAUUGAAGCUUAUUGGUCCUAUGAAAUUUGUCAUGGUUUCCACAUCAAGCAGUAUCAUGAGGAAAGGGAAGGAAAGAACGUUAAACUCCAAGAAUACUUCCUUGGUCGAUGGAGUGAUGAGAAACAAGACAAAUUAACAUUAAAACUUGCACAAGACCGCAAAGAUGGUAUUCAAUUUAAAACCACAAAAAUUGACAAUGUUAACUAUCCAUAUCUCGAACUUGAAAUGAGUAAUGGAACACUAUGUGAUCUCAAUAAUGAACCACGUACGACAAAGAUUCGUUACGUCUGCUAUCCCCAUGGCAAAAAUGCUAUUUACUCUUUCAAAGAGACGUCAAGUUGCAACUAUGAAGCAAUCAUCUUAACUUCUACACUCUGCAUGCAUCCUGCUUUUCUGCCUGAAGAAUCCAAAGAAAUCCCAAUUAGUUGCUAUUUAUCUCAAACCUUCUCCAGGAAGCCAUUGAGUUUGUUAAAGCAAUCUCUCGAAGAUUUGCAAAUGACUGAUCUAUCCAGCAAAAUUGACAUUGUUGCUAAUAAUCGACAGUUCUCGGUUGAUAGUAUAAAUGUGGCAGAUUUGCAGAAAGUUCUGGAGGAUAUGGCUCCGAUACCCUUCGAAUCUAUUGCUGGUUCACCACCUGCUCCUUGGGGUGAGGAUAAUGAUUUGACGCCAACAGUUAAAUUGGACGCAUCGAACUAUGUAACUGGUCGUGGAGAUUACAAGGCUCUUUAUGACUUUCUCUUUGGAAAUUGCUUGACUGGGGGCACAGGUUGGUGGAAAUAUGAGUUUUGUUUUGGUCGUUAUGUGAGGCAGUUCCAUAAGGAUAAAAAAUCCGAAACCGAAGUAAUAUUAGGUUACUUCAAAGAUGAUUUGCAUCGAGAUUGGUUGAAAUCUCAUCCGGCGAAGCGAAUGCGUCGUAAUCCCAAUGAACCCGAUACAACUCUAUGGCAUCACUAUGGCGCUGGUAGUCGAUGUGAUAAAACAGGCAAUCUUCGUGAAACCGAUGUCAAGUUGAUGUGUGUAGCAUCAUCUUCAAUGUCAUCGGUUUCCAUGUAUUUGCUUGAACCAAAAACAUGUCAGUAUAUUUUGGUAGUUGAAUCACCAAUGGUUUGUCCAUUAAUUCCAAUGGUCGAUGAGGAUGGUUUAAUUUCGAAACCUGGUUUCCAAAAGUUUUUGGAUGUUAUGAUGACUAAGCUUAAAGAUGAAGAAGAUGGCGAAGAAAGCGAAGCCGAAAAUGAUGAGAAGAAAACUGAAGAAAGUGAGGGUUAUAUAUCUGUUCUGACAGAAGAUACACCACCAGAAGAAGGAACAAAUGCUAUUUUUGGCGUUUAGAAUAAGUAUUUUAAUCAGUUUAGAUCAAUGUAAAUUUCUGUGAACUAUUUAAAUACACUUUUUUGUAAAAAAUAUAA